ACUUUAUUUUUGUUAAACUUUCAGUCUAAAAAAAUAAUCUGAAGGUUUUGUACUUCAAGUUUUUAAGUAAAUCUAUUUAACGUGAAAAAACAAAAUAAGUAAGAUGCUUUAAUGUCUAGAGAAAACUACAUGUGAUUUUUUCUAAACAUAAUAAAUACAUGUGAAACAAAGCUUUCUGAUCGCUCUGGGUCUUCUACAAUAAAAUACCUAAAAUUUUCUUCCCAGUUUGACACUCUAUCUACUGUAAAAAAUUAUGUUAAUGAAACGAUUUUCACAAAGUAAGGAUAUAACAAUUAUUAUUUAUUGUAAAAUUACAAUUUCUACAUUAUUUAUUUUAUUGAUGUAAAUAUUUUUUCCAAAAAAAAAUUUCUUUUCUGUCGUGAUCGCUGCCAAAGAUUAAAAGAAUUGAGCUAUAAUUUAAACCAAAACAUUGAAUUAAGAAUUUAAUUCAAGCUUUUAGCAUCAUCCCCAUUAUGCUUGAACCUGUCCAUCAUGAUACAGCAAUCGUUCAGAAAAAAAUUUUAUCGAUAAAUUAUUGCCGUUUCAAAAUCUAUUUAUUAUCAAAAAAUUGGAGGAACGAUAAAUGUGGCGCGAAGCUUGAGCCACGUUUUGCGACCAGUACUCAUACAACAAAAUGCAAAUAUCAAAUAAUACAUUCAAUUUGGAAUAAGAGUUUAAGAAUUACUGGAGUCGUAGCUCUUCGAAGAAAGCUACAUUAAUUUUUCAAUCGUAUUUAUUAUCGUUUUAUUAUAUGACUAUUGAAAAAAACGUUUCACUUAUAUGUGUAUAAUGGAUCUGGCUAGUUGUUUAUUUUUUGAGUUGAAAAUUAAUUGUGAAAAAUAAGUUUAGUCUUUUCUUCUAGGUAUAAAGUCAUACAACAUGAAUUCUGAAAGUACUCUGAUAUCAAUAGAUACACAUGAGAUUCAAAAAGCCGAAUCAAAUGCAUCCUAUAAUAACAAUUUUUUGGUGUUAAGGAGCCUGCGCGAGUAUGCCGUUCUUGAAAAAUUAAUGAAAAAAACUCGCUUAGUAUUUUAUGAAGACCUCGUACAUCAGUGUAAUGUAAAUAAGUGGCCAUCAUGGUUUACUUUACGAAUUCUACUUUGGAAAAAUUUUUCAAUCAGAAAACGAAAAAAAAAAAAAUUCUGUUUUUUUCUAUUUCAAAUUUUUUUUUGGUUAACUAUAGCAUGUUUCAAUUUAAGUUAUCGAAAUGAAGUCUACCAUUAUCCGGAAGACAUUAGUCCUCAACUAUCGCAGCUGAUUCCUACGCCGAUGCUAACCAACUUUGAUUCUUGCAUAGGCAUUUCACUCAAUACGGUCACUCCUCUUCUUCAAAAGAUUAAUCUGGAAAAUGAUCGCUAUUUUUUAGAAAAAGAAACAUUUUCCUCUUUUGAAAAAGAUAUAUUACAGAUAUUAGAUGGUGUCAAUCUGUAUUAUCAAAAAAAUUAUUUUGGUAAAACACCGAAGUUUCGAGUGUUUCCCAAUAAAAAGAAACAUAUGGAUCAAAUGAAGCUAGAACCAGAUAUUUUGUAUGGAAUUCAUUUUGAUUCAAUUAGUUUAAAAAAAAUUAAAAAGUCGGUAAAUUAUACACUUAUCUUCCGAGAAAAGGUUGUUCCAAAGCAAAGUGCAACUGUGAAUGCGCUUGAGUGUCGGAGACCUCUGGAAAAGAAUACUACCAGUAAAGACACAUGUCCGUCAACAGUUUACGGAAAGCAUGGAUUUCUUUUUAUACAAACUGCCAUCAAUAGUGCAAUUAUAGAUACGAUUCUAAAUGAAACAAAGUCUUCCAAAUCUAUUCAAUCUAAAAAUGGGUCAGUCGACUUUUUGUCGCUUGAAUUACAUUCGCGGUUGCUUGAACCGUUUCAAGAUACAGAAUCAAGACACAGAUCGCUAAUCGCCCAAGCAGACGUCACAUCACAAAUGAAACCAUCUGCAGAGUUUCUCUUACCCUUUCCCGGUCUAUUUUUAAUGGCAGAGCCAUUUCCAGAAUACGGUAUAAAGGGAAUUUUUCCCGGUGAUAAUGUUACAACAACACCGUUCUAUUUCAUAAUAGUUUUAAUAUCGCUAUUUUCUUUUGUAUUAAUGGAAAUAGUUGCAGAGAAGGAAACAAGAGUGAAACACAUCAUGGAAGUGUAUGGAGCGUCAAAAACGAUUUUAUGGCAGUUUCUGUCAUUAAAAUAAGUGGAGCAUUUGGAAGAAAGCACAGUUGCUUGCUAAUUGCUUUAUUAAUUUAUGCAUAUCUGAUGUCUGCAACAACUUUAGCUUUCAUGAUUAGUACUUUUUUCUCCAAAUCACUCACAGCUUCAUUAGCCACCAUGCUAUUCAAUUUCGUUCUAUACUUUUCUAGAAAAUUAAUUUACCAGGCUCAGAUGAGUAACCUUCUUAUACGGGUAUCGUGUAUGCUCUUUUCCACCAUAACGUUUUCGUUGGGAAUCAUUGAGUUAUUAAUACACUUUCCGUUUAAAGGUCUUACUAUACUGGAUUGCUUUGAUUUUAACGCACCAGAUCACUCUAUGGGAGUCUAUUUUUUUUUUUUAAUUUUUGAUACGUUUCUUUACUUCAUUCUGACAAUCAUUUUUGAUAAGUUUGGGAAAAUGUGGUGCAAUCAAAUACGCUCAACAUGUGAUAUGAUUCAAUUUGAGUGCUACAAAAUGUACACAUGCAUAAAAUGGAGGUUCAAAAGAUUACUGUGUUGUUGUAAUUCUAAUUAUGGGAGAAAGAGAGGUGAAAGUAAAAUGUUGCUUACUUUAAAGAAAGAGAAUAAUUUCAAGACGAACAUUGAAGACAAUACUUUAAGUUUUAUGAUGUCUACUUUAAUUGAAACGGUUUCUCCCGAAAUGCGUUCAAACAUAGUUGCCGUUCGCGCAAUAAACAUAAGCAAAAACGACAAUUUCAAUAAAUUAAGUAGGAAAACAUACGGAAAAGAAACAAUCCGAAAUGCUGUCGUUGAAAAUUUAUCCUUAGAAGUAUAUGACGGAGAAGUUUUUGCUUUGCUUGGGCAUAAUAACUCAGGAAAAACAACGAUAGUAAAUAUGCUUUCAGGAAUAAUUCCUGUUAGUACUGGAAACGUUUUCAUUUAUGACAAUGAAAUAACCGUACACAACGCCAGUGUUCUUAAUUUGGUAUCUGUAUGUCCUCAAGAAAGUAUUUUUUUCGAGGAAUUGACAUGUAUGGAACAUAUUAUAUUUUUCGCUGGAUUGCGUGGCAUUGAUAUAAGAGAAGGAUUAAAAACAGUAAAAGAGGGAAUUCGGUAUUAUGAAAAAACAUUAUUAGUUAAAAAAGAACUUGAAGAAAAACGCCAUGAAAUUGCGACCCUCCUUAUAAAUUCGGGGGGAAAAGUGGCCCAAGAGAAGUUUUCAAAAAUAUUGGAAGCUGAAAAUAAAUUUUCUUGUUACGGUUUAUCUUUAUUUAUGGAUGAAACAACUGAAAAAACUAUUAUGCUGCAUACUUUAUCUAUGCCUUCUAGUGUAGUGUAUACAUGGAAUGACAUUUUAUGUUUGAUUGAAGAAGCUGGACUGACACAUCAAAUAUUUUUUACUCCUAGGUGUUUAUCAAAUGGAAUGAAGCGUCGUUUAUGGCUUGUAAUCGCCUUGUUACGUAAUCCUAAAGUUCUUAUACUUGAUGAACCGACAUCAGGUAUGAAUUCGAUGGAGCGGCAACAAAUUUGGAAAAUAAUACAAAAGGAGAGGAAAAGUGGUCGUUGUAUAAUUCUAACAACAAAUAAUAUGGAAGAAGCAGACAUUUUAGCUGAUCGUAAAGCCAUGCUGUUAUCAGGACGUAUUUGUUGCUUAGGGACAAGUGAUUUUUUGAAAUACAAAUUUAAUAUCAAUUAUUCUUUGGAAGUUAUUGCCGACGCACACACUAACAAAAAUAGAGAGAAGUACAUAUUCGAAUAUCUUUUACCAUUCAUACAGUCAAUCAUUCCAGAAGCUAGCUAUGAUUACCAAAAAAGCGAAAAAGUUCAACAUAGAGGACCCAUACUGAAAAGUAGUGUAUUUGAUUACAACAAAACGUAUUCUGUAUUUACCCUUCCUAUUACAUCCAUUAAUACAUUUUCUCUUUUUUUUAACGAAUUAGAAGCUAACAAAAAUAAGCUUAAUAUAUGGACGUAUAGAGUAUCGUUAGCCACUUUAGAAGAUGUUUUCUAUAAAAUUGGUUCUUUACACAUCAUUAAAUCUGAAAGUUUGUAUCCUUGUUUACCUAAAAAAACGUUUCGACAUAAUUCUAUAGACGGAAUGUUUUCUCAAAAUAAUGUAUACCAAACAGAUCAAUCCUCUUACGAAGAAAAAAUAGAUAACAGUAACCAGUGGAAAGUGGAAAAUGAAACCAACUUUAACAGUACUUUGGAAAUUCCCAUAACUAGCAAUUUACAAGGUAAGGCAACUACAGCAAAACAUUCAAAUCCGUGGGAUUAUAUCACCAGUUAUUUGGACUUUGUAUACCAAAAAAAAAAAUCACAACUGUUUCUUUUAUGGGAAAAUGUUAAGGCUAUUUCCCGUUUACGAUGUCUUCAAAUAAUUUGCAACAAGACGCUUUUCCACAUAGAUGUAAUUCUUCCUAUCCUAGUUUUAAUAGGAUCUUUUUUCAUUAAUGAAGAGAAUCCUGGAUAUUUGAACAGUUUUAUAUUUCAAGAAAAACCCAUUCCGGUUUUGUUAGACCAAUAUGGUUUUUUCCUUCAAUCAUCAAUUCCUUUUCACAUUGAUUCGCAACUUUUAGAAACGGAAAAGAGAAGAGUUUAUGAGUUUCUAUCUUUCUUUCCAGAUGAAUUUCAGAAAAAAAUCAUUGAAGUGGGAUCGUAUGAAGCUAAGGUUACUGCUGGAAAUAAUAAUAAGAAUAAAAUUUUUCCCUAUGAUAUCACAAAUAUUUUUUCUAAAGAUGAGGUUCUUAUAAGGUAUAAAAAAGAUAAUACGAAUCUUGUUUACGAUAAACAUCUUCUACCACUGCAUCCUGCAAUAAAAUUUACAAAUUUAAAUGGACAAAGUCUACGCAAUUUUUUUUAUCAAACACGCAGAAAUAUUUCUCGCGAUAAUGAUUAUGUGUUUGGUUUAAAUUUUGAAGCGAUAGGUACUGAAGCUCUUCCUGCAUCAACACAUUAUACAUGGGAUUUAAAUAACGAAUUUACAAUUCGUUUGUUUUAUAACACUGGUUUCCCACAUAUUCUGCCGAAUUUCGUUUCUUUAUUAAGUGACGUUAUCUUAAAAUGGCAAUUAAAUGUAAUUUCCGGUGUUGCUAGUGUUACAAAUGAAAAUGAUUCACUCACUAAGACUCCAAAUCCAAGCAAUAUAAAGUUGACUGAAUUAGCGGCACGCGAAACAUGGAAAAAAUUGAAAGAACGUGAAAAAUUCGGGUUUACGUUUCAUACAAAAAGUCUGCCACUCCCAAUUUACACACCCGUCUACAUGACGUCCAUGACAUAUGGAGUGUAUGUUAUAUUGUCAGUAGUACUUACAAUCUUGCCAUCGCGUUUUGGAACUCAAAUUAUGGUAGAAAAAAUUCAGGGUACUAAGCAUGCAAUGAUAGUUAUGGGUCUACCGAUUGCUCAUUAUUGGUUUGGAAAUUUCGCGAUUAAUUACGUAGCAAUGCUGUUUGGAAAUUUUCUCAUGUCGUUAUGUAUCGCAUAUUUUUUUUCAUUAUUUCGUUCAUACAUUUUGGUUCCUAUUUUGAUAUGUUCUCUCUUUUACAAUGCAGCUGUCUUAUUAUAUGCUUAUUUUCUAUCCCACUAUUUUUCAAGCAUCAAAUCUUAUACUAAUGCACUACAGCUUUCUACAUUUAUACUAUCACUAGCUCCAGCAUAUUUUGUGUCAAUUUUUGCUGAUAUAACUGAUUCUGACGCACAUUGGAACUCUUUAAUGAAGAUAAUUCAUCUUGUUGCGUCGUUUUUAUUACCACAAUACAAUCCGAUAGGAUCGCUUCUUGGUUGCGCUAUAAUUGAAGAAAAAUUUAAGCGUCGUGAACAAAAACCUAAGUUAACUGACUUUUUCUUAUUUGAGCAUCUUCCUAUGUGGAACGUGAUAGGUUCUGCAACACAAGCUGUCGUUUUGUAUAGUGCUAUAAUUUGGGUUGAUUAUGUUACUUACAAUUUUAAAAAAUCUAACAAAAAAAAUCGAAAACUUUUAAAUCAGUACUAUGAUAAAAAAGACUACUUGAAAAGGAAGUAUGCAAACACUUUGGGAGAAAACCAGUCGUUUUUUCCAGAAUAUUUGCAGAACCAAAAAGAUCCAGGUGUCGUUUUUGAAGAAGAAGAGUGUCAGAUAUUAUCGGAUGCAGUACUGCACAAUAACGUACAAAAUAAAAGUAUAGUUGAGAAAGAUUCUUUUCCAAAAGGAUCCAAUUUAAUAAGAAACGACAAUAAUUCAUGCAUUAAUAUAUUUCCUCUUGUUUUAAUGCACAACAUCCAUUACUUAAUUCCAGCAAAAAGUAAAAAACAACAUUUUAUAGUACCUGUCCAGGGAGUUUCGCUAAGAAUUUACCGAGGGGAAAUAAUGGGAAUUGUUGGGCCAAAAGGCGCGGGGAAAACAACGUGUUUGAAUUUGUUAUGCUGUCACCCUACGACAGCCGCUCCAACAUGGGGAAGGGCAUUUAUUGGAGGGUAUGAUGUAUAUAAACACACUACAAAAAUUUCCACCCAGCUAGGUGUAUGUCCACAACAUGAAACUCUUUGGCAUGAUAUAUCUGUACGCGAAAACCUUGAGAUUUUAUCAAGAAUAAAACUUUUACCUAAGGAGAAAAUUGAAACAUUUGUAGAUGAUUACAUACAUAUCUGGGGACUCAAGGACUAUGAGCAUAUGCGAUUAGGGGACUGUAACAUUGGUAAUCAGCGUCUAUUAUCUGUGGCUGUCGCUUUUAUUGGAAAUUCAGAGAUUGUUAUACUAGAUGAACCUUUUCGUGGGGUGGAUCCCGCGGGGCGCCAAAAAAUAUCCUCUUAUAUAAAAAAAAAUUCUCAAUCACGGUGUAUUAUUGUCUCUACUCAGUGUAUAGAAGAGGCGGAAACAUUAUGCACUAAGCUAGGAAUAAUCGUUAACGGGGAGUUAAAGUGCAUAGGUACAUCUCUAGCAAUUCGUAGUGGGUAUGGAUCCAGUAUCAGAUUACAAAUUCUCUUUAGUUGUCCGCAUCAAAAGUGUUCCGAAACCAAAAUUUUAAAUGAAUUGGAAUUCAAAUGGAGUACAUUUUUAAGUUCUAAAUUAGCUGUUAAACUAAAUGUGUUGAAUUUCACUGCGAACCGAGUUGUCUACAGCUUGCCAUUAGGAAGUAAUGCGUUAGGACAGUUGUUUCAUAUUUUGCAGAGUAAUAAAGAGGUGUUCAGGAUUCUAGAAUUUUCAAUUUCGCAACCAACAUUAGAACAAAUUUAUUUCAGUUUUGCACGUCAUCAACGACCUGCACAUACUACAGCCGAGCUCAUCUUGUCAGAAUAG